AUGCAGCCAGACUUCGUUCCGUCUGAAGAUGGCUCUGAAGUACGCUGUACCCUCUGCUCACCUGAAGAAGGAGGGCCAACAAUCCGCAAAAAGAGCAUGGCAGCUCACAUUAAAGGACGAUUUCACACGCAAGCGGUGGAGGAACGCGAGCGCCGAGAGACUCAGCUUGCGACGAUCAAUGAGACGCUGAACAGAAGAGAGCAGGAGAGAGCAGCCGCCUCUGCAACACUGCAAUCGAUCGAAUUUGUUCAACAUAAACAGUCGACUGCAGCGAGAAAUCCAUCUGGCACAGCAGAGAAAUUCUGGACCGACUUCUCGCGGGAUCCGCAAGCAUUCACCUUUGAUGCCGGCGAGGAUCCCCCUUCAAUGGCUGCGGGGGCUCAACGUCGACUGAAGCAGGAUGCAGAGACAUUUGGCCUUUGGAAUGCUCACUCCACAGCUCAGGACUUAGGCUUCGGAAAUGAGAAUCCUGGGUCAGAUCCAUUUUUCGAACUUCGCCUUGGUUCAGAAAACCCAGAUGAGCUUCUGGCAGACCUUCUCGCUAGUACAGAUCUGAACCCUCCCGCUGUUCAAGACGCAGUCACUUAUGAGUUACCUGGUCCUGUACCAGGCGAUUCUGACUUCUCUGCACCUUCAAGUCAAUGGGCACCCUAUGAGUCAAAGACGGCGAGUUUUAUGCUGCUUUAA